GGGGGUGGCGCUCGAGCGGGCGGCAGCGGAGCUGCGGGGCAGCUGCGCCCGGAGCCGGGCUCCUGCGGCCGGCAGAGCCCCGCCGAGCAGGGACCCACAGGCGUGCAGAUGUUGCUAUGAGGAAAAGAGUCAGCAAUGACUGAUGUGGAGCCCCUGGUGACAGACUUCGCAGCAUCGGGCAGGGCAGGCCGCCGCAAUGCCUUACCUGACAUCCUGGGCUCUCCUGCUGGUGCCGGGACCUCGGACUUGCCGCACAAACUGGCCGAGCUGUCUGUUUCUGAAGGUAAUGAAGGAGCAGAGGGUGGAGAAGUAUCAUCAUCCAAAGCCUUGCUGGAAAGUCAAGAGGCAGAGGGAAAGAGCAGCAGUUCCUAAUACCUGAGGACUGCUCGACUGAUGAAACCUGUCGACAGACUUUGCAGAGUUUCCCUGUUACCUAUUUUGAAGUGUGGUAGCAAUUGCAACAGCAGAGGAAAGACUUUCGUGACACACUUAUAUGUAGAUGGCUUUAACAUGGAACUGCUGUUUUUUCUGCUGUUGUUCAUCAGAAAAAAUGUUCUACACAUCCAAAUGGGAAGAGAACUAAAGAAUGUAUCUGUUCUGCUUCUUUUUUUUUCCUUUUUUCUUUUUUUUGUUUGUUUGUUUGCUUAAUGAUUACUUUAUUCAUCCAAACUAAUCUUCUUUGGGAGUUUUAAUGAACAUAGAUAGCAGAUGUACCAGGUAAUGAUUACUUUAAAAUAAAAGUCCUAUUUCUUAAUUUUCUAAAAUAGCUUCUUUGUUACACAGAGGUGUAUUCACUCUCCUUUAAGAUAGUAAGUAUGUAUUAGAUUACAGACCCAAUCUGCAGUAUAUCUUCAGAGAUUUUUGUUCUCAUUAGGUAUAAGAAGAUGGAUGUGACAAAUAGGAAAACUAACUUUUUUCUCUCUUCUUCCUGACUUCAAAGCAUUUUGUUUAGCAUUUAAACUACCAGUGUUCAUUUUUUUAGUCUCUUUACACUCUAUUUAAUUAUGGCAGAUCAUCUCACCUAUCCCACUCCUAGCAGUCUUGCUAUUUCUGUCAUUUCUGUUUUCAGGCUUAUUAUUGUAGCUGUUCAUGUAUAUCUGAAAUAAAAUAGCCGUGUUUGUAAGUGAUUAAAACUGUUCAUCUCACUAAGGAAAUUAAAUAGCUAUCGUAUUUUCUGUCUUCUGUUGAA